AUGCCAAUAUUGUUUAGUGGUAAUUGUAGGUUGCUGAAGGUUUUAGAGUUGAGAAAUGCUUCUUUGGAGACAGUUCCAGAAGAAGUUUUCCAACUGUUUUGUCUUAGAUAUCUAAGCUUGAGGGGAACCAAUGUGGAAAUGCUUCCAAACUCCAUCGGCAACCUCGUAGAUCUAGAAACUUUGGAUCUGAAAAAGACGUAUGUUACCAAGUUGCCAGUUGAGAUACAGAAGCGCCAAAGACUUCGCCAUCUCCUGGUGUAUAGGUAUACGUAUGCGACUUUUGAAGGAAUGCAUAUACCUUUUCACAUUACACAUGGCUUUGAAGUACCGAAGGUAAUUGGAGAUCUGUCGUCUUUGCAAAAGCUUUGUUACGUCGAUGCAAGUCCUAGUGAUGGUGGGAGUGCUAUAGUGAGCGAGCUAGGGAAGCUGACCCAACUAAGGAGAUUAGGGAUUGUAAAGUUGAGAAGGGAAGAUGGAAUGUCUCUGUGCUCCUCCAUUGAAAAGUUGAGCAACCUUCGUUCAUUAAGUGUGAGCUCGACAGAAGAGGACGAGAUCCUUGAUGUUCAAUCUUUGCCUUCGAAUUCGCCGCCUCAGUUUCUUCGAACGUUAGAUUUGAAGGGAUAUUUAGAGAAGUUACCACAAUGGAUACUCUCGCUUGAUAACCUGGUGAAACUACAUUUAAAAUGGAGCAAGUUAAGGGAUGAUCCACUGCAAUCCCUUCAAGAUUUGCCCAACUUGAUGGAGAUUGGACUUGAUCACGCUUACCAAGGAGAAGAAUUGUGUUUCAAGGCUGGAGGGUUUCAGAUGCUUGAGAUAUUACGUCUUCGCCGAUUAAAAGGAUUGAGAUGGGUGAAAAUGGAGGAGGGCGCAAUGCCUCAUCUUGAAAAACUUUAUAUUUCCGAUUGUCAAUUGGUUAAGGAGAUGGCCUCAGGCAUUGAGCAUCUAACCAAACUUCAAUUGCUUUAUUUGGGUGAUCAAAGCAUAGGAGGUGCAGAUUACUGGAAUGUUGCUCAUAUCCCAAAUGUUCUAUUUAGAGUAUUUGUAGACGGUCGUUGGCGCGCGUACAAAAUCUGA